GCAAGACGGGCCAUGGCAACCAAAGGAUUCCUUCUGUAUCUUGUCACGGGUUUCUCCUUGGCAGUUGUUUCCACCUUUCUCCUUGGCCAAUCCCAAGACCAUCAUCAUCAUCUUCUACUUCCGUCUUCUCUCUCGUCUCCAAACUCAACCCUCAAUCACUACUACUACUCCAAUGGUUCUGGUGAACUAAGCAGUAGCGAACUAGUUUGGCCGGAACUGAAAUUUAGCUGGAGAACCAUAUUGGCAACGGUGAUUGGGUUUCUGGGUUCCGCUUUCGGAACGGUUGGUGGUGUUGGAGGUGGAGGCAUCUUUGUUCCAAUGCUCAAUUUGGUUGUUGGUUUUGAUACUAAAUCCGCUGCUGCUCUUUCCAAAUGUAUGAUAAUGGGUGCAUCAGCAUCGUCUGUUUGGUAUAACUUGAGGGUACCCCAUCCAACGAAGAAUGUGCCCAUAAUCGACUACGAUCUCGCCCUUCUUUUCCAGCCCAUGCUCAUGCUCGGCAUCACCAUUGGAGUUGCUUUAAGCGUCGUCUUCCCUUACUGGCUCAUCACCGUCCUCAUCAUUGUUCUUUUCCUGGGGACAUCAUCGAGGUCAUUCUGCAAGGCUAUUAGCAUGUGGAAGGAAGAGACUAUUAUGAAGAAGGAAUUCGAGAAGCAACAGGCGGCUCCAGUUGACUCUCGUGGUGAACUUCUUAUUGAUGCAGAUUAUGAACCACUGGUACCAAAAGAGGAGAAAACCAGACUACAAAUAUUACGUUUCAACCUGAGAUGGAAGAGGAUUCUUGUCCUCCUGCUCGUAUGGGUUACUUUUCUUGCUCUUCAGAUCCUAAAGAAUAAUUCUGUGGUUUGUGGUGCUUGGUACUGGGUGCUCAACUUCUUACAGUUGCCUGUGGCACUUGGGGUGUUUGGAUUUGAAGUGAUGAAACUGUACAAGGAAAGCAAGAAGAGGAAACUGGACGGUAACACAGAGACAGUUUGUGAGGCAACAAUAGAUUGGACAGCCAUGAACCUUACUUUCUGCGCUCUCUGUGGCAUCUUGGGAGGUACCGUUGGGGGCUUGUUGGGCUCUGGUGGUGGAUUCAUAUUGGGUCCUCUCCUCCUCGAGAUCGGUGUCAUUCCCCAGGUUGCUAGCGCGACAGCAACGUUUGUCAUGAUGUUCUCCUCAUCUCUAUCUGUGGUGGAGUUUUACUUGCUGAAGAGAUUCCCCAUCCCAUUUGCUUUGUAUCUCAUAUCAGUUUCAAUUUUGGCUGGCUUCUGGGGGCAAUUCUUUGUAAGAAAAUUGGUUACAUUGCUAAAGAGAGCUUCUCUCAUCAUCUUCAUCCUCUCCGCUGUUAUCUUUGCAAGUGCUGUGACAAUGGGCAUCGUCGGUGUUGAGACAUGCAUCAUCAUGAUACGUGACCAUGAAUAUAUGGGAUUUAUAAGUUUUUGUGACAACUGAUUGUGAGGAUGAGCUUCAUGAAGCUUAAGACAUUGGAAUAAACAGAGACAGUUCAAGAAAGGGGUGGGUGUUGGCCAAUACCUUAUUGUCCAAAUCCAAACUUGGUUUAUAGGUCUGAUUAUUUUCUACACUCUGAAGAGUAUUAUUAUUGAUUGGUGUCAUAGAUGUGUGUUAGCCGCUUGCUUUCACCAUCAACACUUGAAAUAAAAUAGCUUUUCCUCUUUUUUUUCGAUUUAUUUUGACAAUGUACAGUCGAUUGAAGAUUGAUAUUAAAAUUUAGUGUCUCAAACAUGCAUUAUGUGAAA